GACCUCUCUCCGUGGAGUCGCUGUUACGGAAACAUUAUCUCCAAUAGAAAAGCAUCCUGAGGCGCGUAUCAAACGCAAAGAUUUGCUGCCACUUAACCGCGUUUUAUGCCCCCGCUUCCAACCUGAGUUGACCCCCGGCCGACUCGCCGUUUGUCCUUCCCUCACUCCCUCCCUCUCCUCUCCUCUCCUCUCCCCCACUCGUUCACUGACUCACUCCAACGACCCGCCCAAAACGCCGUCACGCACCUCAUGAGCUCCGGAUUUCUCGGUUGUCGCGCGGCCGCCGUCUUCGUCGCUGUCACCGUCGCUCGCCCUGAUUAAAACCCCACGCCGUCUUUAGGUACAAUCUGCGCUGACGAUCCUGAAGUUGUGACACGUCGAUCAUGGGCGUCGAUUACUACAACGUCCUCAAAGUGAACCGGAGCGCGACCGACGAGGAUCUCCGGAAGGCGUACAAGAGGCUGGCCAUGAAGUGGCACCCGGACAAGAACCCGAUCGACCACAAGGAGGCCGAGGCCAAGUUCAAGCUCAUCUCGGAGGCUUACGACGUGCUGAGUGAUCCGCAGAAGCGGCAGAUCUACGACCUCUACGGGGACGAGGCGCUCAAGUCCGCCGACUUCCAGCCCCCCUCUCCGGCCUCCGGGACAGCGCGCGCCAACUCGUCGUUCCGGUUCGAUCCGCGCAACGCCGACGAUAUAUUCGACGAUUUCUUCGGCGGAUCGCCGGGUGGGCGCGGCGGUGGGAGCAGGGCGAGGGUUUUCAGGGAGAAUGUGGAGAGGAACGGGAAUGGAGAGGCGAGGCGGGAUCUGCCGGAGAAGAAGAAGCCUCCGCCUGUGGAGAGCAAGCUGGUUUGCAGCUUGGAGGAGCUUUACAGAGGUGGAAGGAGGAAGAUGAGGAUUUCGCGGGUUGUUCAUGAUGAAUUUGGAAAUCCGAAAUCAGUUGAAGAAACCUUGAAGAUAGAUAUCAAACCCGGGUGGAAAAAGGGAACGAAGAUUACUUUUCCUGAGAAAGGCAACCAUGAACCCGGUACCAUACCGCCAGAUCUAAUAUUUGUCAUAGAGGAGAAGCUGCAUGAUGUUUUCAAGCGGGAGGGCAGUGAUUUGGUGGUCACCCAGAAAGUGACAUUACUGGAAGCUCUUACUGCAAAGACUCUUAAUUUAAUGACCUUGGAUGGGAGGAAUCUCAUCAUCCCCGUAAUGGAAAUAAUCAGCCCCGGUUAUGAGGUCUCGAUCCCAAAUGAGGGAAUGCCCAUUUCAAAGGAACCCAGCAAGAAGGGAAAUUUGAAAAUCCAGUUUGACAUUGCAUUCCCACUGACUCUCUCUGAAGAACAGAAAUCCGACUUGACAAGGGUAUUAGGAGGAGCUCAAAGCUAGUUAUGUUUUCCAGCUAUGGCAGUGAGACUUCAUUAGCACUGAUUGAUACAGUAAGUUCAGUUGACUGUAAAUAUAUCAUAACGAGCAGAUGCUGUGCAUAGUAGGUUUUUGAAGGUUGCCGACAGUGUUGUUAUUGUUUUUAAGCCGCAACAGGUUAACGAAUCUUGGCUAUGUUCCUGGCGUCUGUGAGAUGCAUGGAUUAAAUUCUGUACAACACUAAAAAUAGAUUCUUAUUUGGAA